AUGACUUCUAAAGGAGUCUCGCUCCUGAAGUUCGUGGGAACUGUUUCCCUCGGUCUUCUGACUGGCCUCUCCUACUCCCUCUCGACUGUGACCGUCCCCUCGAUCCUCUCCCUCCCCUCCGCAUCCGACGCCCUCCGAGCCUUCCAGAACCUCUACCCCAGCGCGAACACCCGUUUGCGCAUUCUCACCGGAGUGUCCACCGCCUCGUUUCUCUUCGCCUUCUUCCUCUCCCGCGCGCCUUCCGUCACCCCUACCUCGUCUACGCUUCCCUCUCCCGAGUCCUCCUCGGAGGCCAUCGCCGCUCGUCGCCAGGCCCGCCGUGAGCGUGAGGACGCCCGCAAGGCCGCUCGCAUCGCGCGCCAGGAGGCCCGUAUGGAGGCUAGCUACGAGGUCCUUGGCGACACCCACAGCGACGCCGCGAGCGACGGCGAAGCUGCCGCCGCUGCCGCUUUUGCCGAGGAGGAGGAGAACUUCAACGGCGAGGAGAUCCGCGUCGUGGUUGAUGGCUUCAGGAAGACCCAGAUUGUGCAGACAGCCAUCGCCUCGGUCGGUUUCCUGAUGUCCGUCAUCGGCAUCUGGGGCGACGGCGCCAUUCAGGUCUUCCAGACCGAGACCGUUAUUGUCGGUGUAUAA